CCCUACUGGGACAUUGGACCAUAAAUGACUUGCCUUGUUAAAACUCAGAAGCACAAAAGACAUGAACAAAGCAAAUCAGAAAAAUACAACACAACUAAAACACCUGAAAUGUAUGAGCAAGCAUAAAUGAGCUGCAAAACGUAGCCAAUUUAAACAUGGAACUUUACGCGUUAGGAUUUUAUUUCAGUUAUAAGCAUACUAGCCAGACAUAAUAUAUACCCCAUUCUUUAUCUACAUUAUAAGUUAGCCAUGGAAACUCCAAAUACAUUAAGAAAUGCCAGCUUCAUUGUUUUGAUUGUGUGGAUUCUAUGGAUACCCUUCAGGGCAUGUUCUGAGCAGCACAGGCCUACAGUGUAUGAGCCAAAAGCCAUAAGAGAGAGGUAUGAAAGCUGGGUGAAAAAGCAUGGCCGAAGAUACAAGAAUGAUGAGGAAUGGGAAUUGCGUUUUGGCAUUUACCAAUCUAAUGUCCAGCUCAUCCACUAUAUCAAUUCUCAAAAUUUAUCAUUCAAGGUCACUGAUAAUAUAUUUGCAGACAUGACAAAUGAAGAGUUCAUAGCUACCUACUUGGGAUUUCAAACCACGUCGCAUCCAAAGACAAACUUCAGCUAUGACACAAAGGAGAAAUUGCCAAUUAGCGUGGAUUGGAGAAAGAAAGGCGCUGUUACUCCAGUUAAGAAUCAAGGCCAAUGCGGAAGCUGUUGGGCAUUCUCUGCGGUGGCAGCUGUGGAAGGUAUCAGUAAAAUCAAAAAAGGAAAUUUGAUAUCUCUGUCAGAACAAGAGCUUGUGGACUGUGAUAGUGACUCCUAUAACCAAGGCUGCAAUGGUGGAUACAUGGACAAAGCAUUUGGGUUUAUCAAAAAGAAUGGUGGACUCACCAGAGAAGGAGAUUAUCCUUACCAAGGAUCACAAGGCCGCUGCGACAAAACCAAAGAAAAAAAGCAUUCAGUGACAAUAAGCGGCUAUGAGAAUGUACCUGCCAAUGAUGAGAAACGCCUACAAGCAGCUGUUGCUAAGCAACCUGUCUCUGUUGCCAUAGAUGCUGGAAGUUAUGACUUUCAAUUCUAUUCAAAAGGUAUCUUCACCGGCCAGUGUGGAAACCAACUCAAUCAUGGAGUCGCAGCAGUAGGCUAUGGAGAAGAUGGUGGUAGAAAGUACUGGCUUGUGAAGAAUUCAUGGGGCACUGGCUGGGGCAAAUCUGGUUAUAUAAGAAUGAACCGUGAUUCCAUAGAGAAGGAAGGAAUUUGCGGCAUUGCCAUGGAGGCUAGCUACCCUCUUUAAGGACUGCACAGCCUAGUUGGUUAAUUUGGCGUUUUCUGGUUGUAGAACAACAGGAAGUUAGCUUUGUUAAUUUCAAGUAAUAAUUUUAUGUAAACUUCAAAUAAAAGAUGCAACUAUGGAACUUAAAUUACGAACAUGUGAUAUUUAUACAAAGCAUAGUAGGGGAAAUGAUAUGGGCCAAGUAUCAUUGUAUGUGAAGCAUAUCAAAAACCCAAAGGCUGUUCUUCCAGAUUAUAACACGGAAAAAUCAAUCAGUACUAAAUAUUUAUUCAGAGUUUUUUUUUUCUUUGAUGUUUCUACCCAAGUUGACCAUAUUGUUCACGGUCUGAUUGGUUGCCAAGAAGAUAAGAAUCAA